AUGGCCGGCCUUAACCACGGCGACAUCGUGAACCCGGCGCUCGCACUGGCGCAGGAGGACGAAAUCCGCAUGCAGCAGCGUUCGGCUUCCAUCGUUUCCGAGAAGAAGCAGGGCGCCUCUCUUGCCCACGUUACGUCUCCCCACGGCACUCUGGACCCCUCAGACCCUCACUACGGGGAUGAAUUCCCAACACAGGACGAAAUCGCCCACCUCCACCGCGUCCCAGACAAGAUUCCGUGGGCCACAUACCUCGUUGCCUAUAUCGAGCUGGCUGAGCGCUUCUCUUACUACGGAUGCACCGUAGUGUUCACAAACUUUAUUCAACACCCUCUACCGCCCGGAUCCAAGACGGGAGCUGGCAAGGAGCAGUUCCAGUCGGGUGCUCUCAACAUGGGUCAGCGUGCCUCCACCGGUCUGACCACUUUCAACACUUUCUGGGUUUACGUUACGCCUCUCUUUGGCGCCUAUCUCGCCGACAAGUACUGGGGCCGCUACAAGACCGUGUGCGUCGCCGUCGGCGUCGCCCUGAUCGGUCACAUCAUCCUCAUCAUUUCGGCGAUCCCUAAUGUGAUCGUCAACCAGGGCGGUGCGCUUGCCUGCUUCAUUAUUGCUAUUGUCAUCAUGGGCGCUGGAACCGGUGCUUUCAAGAGUAACAUUUCGCCUCUCGUCGCCGAGCAGUACCGCAAGACCAAGAUGUUCGUCCGUACCAACAAGCACGGCGAGCGUGUAAUUGUCGACCCUACGCUCACGACGUCGCGCACUUACAUGUAUUUCUACUUCUUCAUCAACGUUGGUGCUCUUAUCGGCCAAAUCGGUAUGGUCUACGCCGAGAAGUACGUCGGCUUCUGGCUCUCGUUCCUCCUCCCGACCAUUGUCUUCUUGACGACCCCUCUCGUCCUCUGGAUCGGCUACAACCACUACGUCAAGGCCCCGCCCGAGGGCUCAGUUCUCGCUGGCGCUCUUCACAUCUUCAAGUUCGCCGCCAAGGGCCAGUGGUCGCUCAACCCCGUCACGCUGUUUAAGCGCCUCGGCUCGAACGAGUUCUGGGACCGCGCCAAGCCCAGCCAGGUUGAGGCUCGCGGUGAGACCCCGCCCAGCUGGAUGACGUUCGACGACAAGUGGGUCGACGAAGUCCGUCGUGGUUUCAAGGCCUGCGCCGUCUUCCUGUGGUACCCCAUCUUCUGGCUCACCUACAACCAAAUCAACAACAACCUUACGUCUCAGGCUGCUACCAUGGAGCUGCACGGCCUCCCCAACGACGUUCUGUCCAACCUCAACCCCUUCUCGCUCCUCAUUCUUAUCCCCGUUUGCGACCUUAUUAUCUACCCUGCCCUCCGCAAGCGCGGCCUCAACUUCACCCCCAUCAAGAAGAUCACCUGUGGCUUCUUUGCGGGUUGCGCGGCCAUGAUCUGGGCCUGCGUCCUCCAGCACUACAUCUACAAGACCAACCCUUGUGGUUACAACGCUGCUACCUGCGUCGACGCCGAGGGCCACCCGCGCGUCUCGCCUAUCAACGUCUGGGCCCAGACCGGCUCGUACGUCCUCAUCGCCCUCGCUGAGGUGUUUGCCUCCAUCACUGGUCUCGAAUACGCAUUCACCAAGGCGCCAAAGAACAUGCGCUCGCUCGUCAUGUCCGUCUUCCUCUUCAUGUCUGCGUUCUCGUCUGCCCUCGGCCAGGCCUUUGUUUCGCUCUCCAGCGACCCGCUCCUUGUCUGGAACUACGGCUCGAUGGCCUGCCUUGCGUUCGCGGCCGGCUGCGGCUUCUGGUUCACUCACCGCCACCUCGAUGCCCAGGAGGACGAGCUCAACGCGCUCGACGCCGGUGCGGUCGACAGCAACAACCGUCGUAUGUCUCAAUACGAGUAA